CUGAUUUCCUUUAUUCCAGGAAAGUGUACCCAGCUACGGUAGAACUGUUAGGAGAGCUCUUCAACAUGAAUACAGAUAGUGGAGGACGCGCUCGCAGCAGCGCUGCCUUGGUACUCACCCUCUCCCACAUGAAGCGGGUCCAGAGCGUCCCCAAUCUGGCUACAGGGAGUGAGUCUCACUCAUCAGAUUCAGAUGCUUGGAGGUCGCGUAGCACCGACGGCCUGAGGAACGGCGACGACGUCAGUUCUUCCCUGGCUGCCAAGGGCUUCCGCAGCGUCAGGCCCAACCUGCAAGACAAGAAGUCCCCCACACAGGCUGUCAAUCAGGUCCCCCUCCCGCCCCCUAGGAGAGAGAGCUACCCCUCCCCCGCCACAGGUGCUAUCCCCCCCUCCUACAGCUCCCUCCUAGCCGAGACCCUCGGACCCGGGAUGCUAGCCCUCUCCAACGAGAAGGCCAUCCUCAAUGAGUCGUACACAGUCAAGAGCAGGUCUUCUUACUCCCACCAUCAGAGUACUACCACCACUUUUGCACCUCAACCCCAAUCUGAACCCGAACCCGAACCCGAACCGAACCCCCAGCCCCCACAAACAAACCCUCAGUCUCCCCUCGCCAGCCCCAUCCCCUAUGACACCAGCAAGGUCAAAGCCUCCACUGCUACUUCCUCCACCACCACCCAGCUUCAGGCUGCAGAGCGCAAGGUGUCCUCCCUCAGACUCACCCCCGUCACCAUCCCUGAUCCCCCCUCCCACCAACCCAUCCCCCAGCCUGAGACUCUCACCACCUCCCUUCCUCCCCCUAACCUUCCCCCCCGUAGAGACUCCUCCAUCGGCCCCCAAAGCCAGCACACAGCCUCCCUCUCCGUCCAGAUGGCCCCGCGGAACCCCAAACCACCGGGCUCCAAGGCUCCUACCCUGGAGCCCAAGGCCCCAGCCCCAGCUUCUGACCCUGGGGAGGGCAGGAAGGUGAAGGCCCCCCCUCCAGUUCCACCUCUACCGUCCGCAGCGAAUGUGGUGGGCCAAGCUAUUCAAGUGGCUAUGAAUGGAAGUGCGCCCCACCCCCAGAGGCCCUCCUCACCCCCGGCCUACCCCCCUCUCCCCGCCUCGUUCAGCCCAGGGGGGGUUCACAUGCAGAGUCGGAGCGCAGGUUCCGAGUCGGUGACGUCGGGCCACACCAGCGUGAGCAGCACGGUGCCCAUCGCCCGCUUUUCAGAGGAGGAGAAGAGGGUGUCGGUCAUCAAGGCGCCCCACUACGAGGGCAUCGGCCCCGUGGAUGACACGGGCAUCCCAAUCGCCAUUCGCACGACGGUGGACAGGCCGAAAGACUGGUACAAGACCAUGUUCAAGCAGAUCCACAUGGUUCACAAAGCAGAUGACGACUACGCCGACUCGUACAACGCCACAUACACUGUCAGCGGUGACAGUGACACAUAUGGUCAGUCCUCCAACCCCACCGUGGCCUACCCUCCCCCCAGGACACAAACGUACAGGCCCCUGGCCAAGAGCCCGUCGGACAACGGAGGCCCCGGGACCUUCAGGGAGCCCUCCCCCGUGCCACCGCCACCCCCGCCCAAGCCCUCCCUCCUACAGCUGAGGUCCAGAGACAGCGACCGGGAGCGAGACUCGCCCAUGAAUCAGUGGGGCCCUCCCGAUAGGAAAGUGGACACUAGAAAGUACCGCGCUGAACCCAGGAGUAUCUUUGAGUACGAGCCCGGGAAAUCAUCCGUUCUGGAGCAGGAGAGGCCGACCUAUAAGCCAAACCCAGAUGACAUAGAUUUAGAGAACGAGCCUUGGUAUAAGUUCUUUUCCGAGCUGGAGUUCGGCCGUCCGCCUCCUAAAAAACGUCUGGAUUAUAAUCCAGACAUCUGCCCUCGCCGACUCACCGAGACGUCGCUGUACUUCACUCCGACUGCUGACCGGGUUCCAGAGAGGCCGGCGAGUGCUGCCAGUGACUACAGAAAGAGGAGGAAGUCGGAGCCGUCAGGUGACCAGGGCAAGAACCAGGUCUCCCCAAAACCACCGGACCCUUACAGAGGCAGCAGCACACUGAGGAAACCUGCCAUCCGCUCCUCCCCCUCCUCCCCCUCCAAAGUCAAAGGUUUCCUCUCUCACAGUGGGGUGACCACAGAAAAGAUUAGCGGUGGGGACACGUGCGAAAUGACCUACUCCCCCCGUUUGAGCUCUUCCCCGGGCCCGUACCUCCGCUCCCCUCUCUCCCCCAUGCCCUCCAACCUCGCCCACCGUCGCUACGACGACGAUGCCCACCCGGGGGCAGCCUCCUCACCCUCCUCGCCCCUCAAGCGCGCCAUCUGCUUCAAGAACGGCUGGCAGACGCGGCGGCAGGACGCCGAGACAUGGAGCAGCACAGAAGAGGCACCGCCCGCAAAGCUGAAGUCGCGUAGCUGCGACAACCUGCUCAACGACGGGCACCCAGUGGGCACCGGCGGGCACAAGGCUACCCGUUCGGAGAGCGCUGGGUCACUGGUAUUCGACAACCCAUUGGGGCAAACCGCAUCGUCCUCUACUCGCUCCUUGCCUCGCCCGCACCGGCGACGUGCCCACGACGCGCCAGGCUUCCUGAAGCUCUACCGCAAGAUGCACCACAUCGACCGCGCCCAGCUGCUGCCCUCUGACGUCAUCCGCUCAGUCCGUGCCCGCAUCCUGGAGCUGGAGCGCCAGCCUCACCUCUUCCCCCGAAAACUCUCCCCCUGGGGGCCGUCGUGGGGCCUGGAGGUCCCUCGCGAUACGGUGCCAAUGCGCAUCUCCACGUACGAGCAACUCAUCCAGAAGUCCAAGUCCAUGCCCGACUUGGGAGAUAGCGAGGUCCCAUCUGGCGCAACCACGCCUGGUGGGUCAUCGUCCCGUGCCAGUAGUAGCGGGGGAGGAGGCGGCGGGGGCAGGGAGCCACCCGGGUACCCCAAACGCCGUUUCUCCAUUGAGUCUCUGCUAGAAGAGGACAUUAACAACGGGAAUGGGAACGGGACGUCCCAUCACACUUUUGACCACCAUCACACUCACCAGGGGGCGAGGAACCCGCCUGAGGGUCAGCCCCGCCUCGCCCUGGACCCCCACCACCGCGAUUUCCCCGACCCCCUCGUUUAUCGACGCGAAGCUGUCCCGGGGGCCGAAUACUCUGAGUCGGAGCAGGAUGCAGCCGCCUCGGACCUCAGUGACUUUGUCCAAGUCGAAGGAUCCUCCUUCUGCAGCGAGAGCGACUUCGACCACUGCUCGCUCACCUCGUCAGUCGAGAGCUUCUACGGCCCCUCCUCCCACCACCACCUUCGCCACCACCACAGCCACAGCCACCACAACCCCAGUCAUCAGUCUCUCGGUCAGGGUCAGGGCUACCAGCACCGUCACCUCAUCAGCUCGUGUAAAGGACGCUGCCCGGCCUCCAACACCCGCUUCACCACGAUGCUGCGCCACGAGCGGGAGCGGGCCCGCCAGGAGCUCCGUCAGAAACCCCCCCAGACACAGCAAACCAGACACGUGGGAAGGGGAGGGAGCGGAGGGGACCACCAUGCCCUACCCCCCUCGUCCCAAACAGCCCAAACCCAGCAGGGGAUGUCCAAACUGGCCUUCCUCAUCAGUCCUGUGCCUUUCCGAAGGAAAAAGGGGGAUUCUCCACCCACUUCGAGAAGGAGUAGUGGAGGUCGAAGUACCAGGCCCAAGUCUAAAGAAGCCGUCUAUGAAGCUUUGGAUGCGGCCUUGAGGGAUAUCUACGAACACAUCCAAGCGGAGCGGGGCCGGAGUGGCUCUAGGCUACCAGACGAUAGCAUCCUCCGGAGGCUACUGGCUGAGAUCCUCCCGGAUGUGCCCGAGAGGAGCUCCUCGUUGCGGGGACAGAGGGGGAGCCGCAAGGGGGGUCCCUCCUCGAGCUCCUCGUACCCCGACGAGAGUCCAACAGGGUAUGGCUCGUCGCCGCAGCUACAGUCGCCGCUAAGUACCUCUUACAGUCUCCAUACAGACGCCUCCAAUAACGACUAUGGAGAGGAGCCAGGCAACGGCAACGCAGAGCAGGAUGCCUCCAGGGGGUACAACACAACCACCAGCGACGGGGGAGGGGGGCAGACCAAACGAGCCACCCCUGACAGAGAGGUCUCCCAUAAGCAGAUGACCCAACUCAUUCUCUUCUCUCUCCUCCAUCAGAAACAGCCUGCCAGAGCUAUAUAUGACUUUAAGGCACAGACUGCUAAAGAGCUGACGUUCAAGAAGGGCGACGCGGUGAACAUCAUCAGACAGAUUGACAGCAACUGGUACGAGGGGGAGCACCGCGGACGACUGGGCAUCUUCCCCAUCUCCUACAUAGAGAAGAUGGCGUUGCCAGAGAAGCAGCAGCCGAUUAGGCCUCCUCCACCAGCACACGUCAGAGAGAUCGGGGAGGGGGUGGCCCGUUACAACUUCAACGCUGACACUAACGUGGAGCUGUCCCUCCGCAAGGGUGAGCGGGUAGUCUUGCUGAGACAGGUGGACCAGAACUGGUAUGAGGGGAACAUCCCAGACACCACCAAGCAGGGCAUCUUCCCUGCUUCCUACAUAGACAUCGUCAAACGCUCGCCCUCCAAGAGCCCCACCCCCUCCCACCACCCAGACCCACACGGCUACCCGAGCAACAGGACACAGGGCUCCACGCCCACCAAGAGGUUUGUGCAGGAUUCGCUCCAUAGUGGAGGAGACCCGUUCCAGGCCCUGUACAACUAUCUGCCCCGUAACGAGGACGAGCUGGAUCUGAAGGAGGGGGACGUCGUGGACGUCAUGGAGAAGUGUGACGAUGGCUGGUUUGUCGGGACUUCUCGACGGAGCAAGCAGUUUGGAACCUUCCCAGGAAACUAUGUCAAGAAACUAUAAUGAUGAAUCCGGUCCACCCCCGCACCCUCCUUGGACCCUUCCAUCUCCAGCACAACCCACAUUGGACACAACCAACCCGGAGUAAAAUGAAGUUGCUCCUAGACACUGAUUUGGGUCAGUUUUGCACUUUCCCCACCAAUUGGUUAUGGUUAGGAUUGGGGGAGGUGGAGCUGACCCUAGAUCUGUACCUAGGGGAAACCUCACCCCGGAACAACACGCCCCCCACUAUGUCGGGUCAUCCAAGAAGCCUUUCCCAAGCGUGUGCGACAACGUCACAACAAGUGUUUUGUUUUAGCUCUAACUAGCCAACUCUUACAGGAGACUAUUCCACUAACUAAACGGUUCUUUUCUAAAUGAUGGAGGAGAGGUUGAGGAAGAUCCAUACUUUUGUAUUCCUGUCGCCUCAGAUACGGAAGGAAGGGUAGCCAAACAAGAUGGCCACCUUUUUAGUGUUGACAUCUGCUCUUAUUUGAUUCAUUAGAUCUAUUUUCACCCGGUAAUGUAAUAACUUGCAUUGAUAAGUUGAUUGUGUAACAUUCAGAAAGGUCAAAUAUGGUAAAGAGAGAGUUCAAGAUGCCAAGUAAACUGCCACUCAGGAUUGCCUUGACAUCAUCAUGUCAGCCAUGUUUCUUUUCCCUUUUUCCUCAGUGUUAAAUGAAUACAAAGACCCCCCCCUAAGCGUAUUAUCUGUAAUAGAGGGGCUUGUUGGUAUUUUCAGAGCAGUAUUGUCAUAGGACAUUGCAACACAUUUCAAUGUUCAGUCGUUUGGCAAAUGCUCUUAUCCACAUCGCCUUUCAAUAACCAACACGAAACAACCACAGCAUUAUUAGUCAAGAAAUCUUCAUCAGAUGUUACAUUUCAUACACCAACGCAGGAACACUCACCUAUUUCCCCAGUGAAAACGAUGAUGCUGUUUAAUCCAUGAUACCCAAAAGUGUUGCUGGAUACCACGGGAUAGGGUAUGACUUGUUUGGAGGCAAAUACAUUGAUAUUGAAUGCACAUAUAUCCAUCCAGAGCCUUCUAUUCGCACCGGAAGGUUCUGGAUAUCUGCCCGCUAUGCCCGGUCUACAGUCAAUUCCAGUUUCUCAUUAUAGUGUUUGCAAACUCCUAUAUGGAUGAGUUAUUUCAUAUGUGGAAGUGGCAAUCGUUGAUAUUUUAUUUUGAACCCUUCUGUUUGAACAAGUACAGUACAUUUUGUACUUUUGAUGGAAAAUAAUAUUUAUAGAUUUGGGAUUUUAUUGAUUGGUUGACUUGGCGUUUUAUCCUUUUUCUCACGUAAAAUGUCUGAGUACACUACGGAUUUUACAAGUGAAAGCUAGAUUGGAUUGUCGACAGGGCUUUAGGAGUUUGAUACCGUUGGGAAAAACAUAUGCAAAAGCAACUAGUUUCCCCACUUUUUUCUGUAUGUAUAGAUGUUUAUAAUGGGAAAAGUAUUGAAUAUUGAUAAAACGUCAUGUAGAUGUCUCCGUCCAUAGAUAUAACUCAUGGAAUGGAUGGAGCAACAUCAGUUUCUCAGCUUACUUUGUGUACUUUUCUUUUAUUUGAAGUGGCCUAAAGUGAAGUGUACUUUUGGCUCAUUUCAACCACAGCAAAUCCCCUUGCCAUGUUUAAGAUAACGAGACAAUAGCUCACAUUUGUUCCCAGCCAAGUCUGACAUUUUACUUUUGUCAAUAUACAACAAAUGUUCAGGUCUCAACAAUAAAACAACCCUCCUUUUUGAAA